GUUGGAAAGUUGGUCGCUGUGCUGAAAAUCUUCCAGAACCUAUUCCUGACCUACGCUCCAAAGCACAGAUCUAGGAUCAGCUCAUCCUCAUCAAAUCUAAACCAUAACCUGAAUAAACCACAAGGCGAACACUGACCUCAGACCAGCGUUUAAACCCCACGUCUUCCUGCCCAGACACUGACUCUCUGUCUAGAGUUCCUCUGUGCUCCAUCCAUCCAUCCAGCCAUCCAUCCAUCCAUCCAUCCAUCCAUCCAUCCAUCCAUCCAUCCAUCCAUCCAUCCAUCCAUCCAUCCAUCCAUCCAUCCAUCCAUCCACACCCCAGCCAUCCAGCCAUGGGUCUGAUGAUCGAGGACAUGGAGUGCUGCGUCUGCCUCCAGCCCUACUCUCGUAGGGAGAAGAUCCCUCGGAUGCUCCACUGUAAGCACACAUUCUGUGGGCUGUGCUUGCAGGCGAUGUCCAGGCACCAGAGCGGCCUACUGACAGUAUGCUGCCCCCUGUGCCGUUGGAUCACCUGCACCGAGCCCAGCCUCACCCUGCCGGGGUCGCUGUGGGUUAACACUGAGAUCUGGGACCAGAUACCAGACACACAACAGGAAGAGGAGGAGGAGGAAGAGGAGGAAGAGUGGAAGGAAGCUAACAGACAGACACAGACAACUACACCGUACACAUGGUCUCCAUCAAGGCAUUGUGGCUUGAGGCUCAAACUACAGAAUUUCCUGAGGAGGAUGAAGCACAAUGUACUCUAAACCGAGAAGACGAAGAGCAGAGAAGAAGAAGACCGGAUCAUCCCAUUUCAGAGUAGGAGGUACUCAUUGAGUAAUGAAGCUAAUUCACUAAACAGGACCGACCGAGGAUUUUCCAUAAUGAGGCAAGAUUGAACCAAUUACUCAUGUGCUUUGGGUCUGAUUGACUUUGGGUAUGUGUAAUGUUCUCAGUCAAGUUACCUGGUAAAAUAAGGGUUAAAUAAUAUUAAUAAUAAUGAAGGAUGGAUAGGGGGAGGAAAUAUAAAAGAAGAUAUUAAAUGGAUUGAGGAUGAAAGAAAGAUAAAGGAAGUUAUGAAUAGAUGGACGGACGGACGGACGGAUGGAUGGGUGAAGGUUAGAGACUGUGUGCUGUGUAAAAUACAAUAUACUGUGAACAUUGUUUAUAAUAGAUGUUUAAUCGUUUGAUAAAAGGUGUAUUACUGCGUGAAGGGAAGUGGAUGUUUAGUAUUUAUUAUUACAUCAUUUUAUAACAGCUUUAAUAUUGCAGAUUGAUUGUUGCUUUUAUCAAUGUAAUUGUCUGCAUCAUUUCCAAUCCCCCAUAUAAGGGAAGGUGGAUUUGUUUAUCCUCAUUUUACAUGUUUUAUUUAUCUGUUCUGUUUGAAGAGCAUGUUUUUUUAU